GUACGCGCCAGCGCACCUAACAGCAGCAACAGCGGCAGUCUGCAUGUGGGCAGGAGCCGCAGUUGAAGCAUCCGGGCUGAGCUGCGCAGAGAUGCGGACACGCCGCCUCAUCUCCCCGCUGAUAUCAUGGUUAAAACGCCGUUAAGAUAUUUUUGUGUUUGUUUUGAAAUGGCGGCGCUGGAGUCGAGGUGAGCAGCUCCGUUGCUCGGUGCACUCGCCAGUUCUGGGGGAGUGCUCACUUUUUUCUUGCGCUUUUGCCAGGGCAAACUGCCAACACAGAUAUAUCCUCUUUUUGUUCUUUUUCUGUCGAUUAUUGUGCAAGGAAUCAUGACGACGGGGCAGGAUGAAAGCUCAGUCCGCGUGGCAUUGAGGAUUCGUCCUCAGCUGGCCAGGGAGAAGAUAGAGGGAUGCCACAUCUGUACAUACGUGAUGCCUGGGGAGCCUCAGGUGAUCCUGGGGAAAGACAAAGCCUUCACUUACGACUACAUGUUCGACAUGGACUCCCAGCAGGAAGACCUCUACACCACCUGCACAGAGAAGCUGAUCGAGGGCUGCUUCGAGGGCUACAACGCCACCGUUUUUGCAUACGGACAGACGGGUUCAGGGAAGACCUACACCAUGGGUACGGGCUUUGACGUGAACAUCGUUGAUGAGGAGCUUGGUAUCAUCCCGCGCGCCGUCCACCACCUCUUCAAGGGCAUCGAGGAGCGCCGACAGGCCGCCCAGGAGCAGGGACGCCCUGUGCCGGAGUUUAAGAUUAACGCCCAAUUCCUCGAGCUUUAUAAUGAGGAAGUUCUGGACUUGUUUGACUCCACACGAGACAUGAAGCAGAAAUCUCACAUCAAGAUCCACGAAGACGCCACCGGGGGAAUCUACACAGUAGGAGUGACCACACGGACCGUGUCCUCCGAGGCUGAGAUGAUACAGUGCCUGAAGCUGGGGGCUCUUUCUCGCACCACAGCCAGCACUCAGAUGAACGUCCAGAGCUCUCGAUCCCACGCCAUCUUCACCAUCCACCUGUGCCAAGUUCGCGUCUGUGCCUCUGACAAUCAAGAAACUGAGACUGAUAACAGAGUCUCCAACGGAAACUCUGAGAUGGACGAGUAUGAGACGCUGACCGCCAAGUUUCACUUUGUGGACUUGGCCGGUUCUGAGAGGCUGAAGAGAACUGGAGCGACAGGUGAUCGCGCCAAAGAGGGCAUCUCCAUCAACUGUGGACUGCUCGCUCUGGGGAAUGUAAUCAGUGCUUUGGGUGACCGUGGCAAGCGGUCUUCACAUGUGCCUUACAGAGACUCCAAACUUACCCGACUUCUACAGGACUCAUUAGGAGGAAACAGCCAAACAGUGAUGAUCGCAUGCAUCAGCCCGUCUGACCGUGACUUCAUGGAGACUCUGAACACAUUAAAGUACGCCAACCGAGCCCGGAACAUCAAGAACAAGGUGAUGGUGAACCAGGACAAAGCCAGCCAGCAGAUCAGCGCUCUGAGGACAGAGAUUGCUCGACUGCAGAUGGAGCUGAUGGAGUACAAGACGGGUAAACGCAUGUCGGGUGAGGAUGGUGUUGAGAGCUUUAGCGACAUGUUCCACGAGAACUCCAUGCUGCUGACAGAGAACAGCAACCUGAGGGUGAGAGUGAAGGCCAUGCAAGAGACCAUUGAUGCCCAGAGGGCACGGCUCACCCAGCUGCUCAGUGACCAGGCCAACCAGACCCUCGCCAGGGCAGGUGAAGGCGGAACUGAAGAAAUUGGAAACAUGAUUCAGAGUUACAUCAAAGAGAUUGAAGACCUCAGGGCCAAACUCCUGGAAAGCGAGGCUGUGAAUGAGCAUUUGAGGAAGAAUCUGUCUCGUGCCUCCAAUCGUCAGUCGUUCUACGGAGGGACCGGCUCCUUCUCCUCCACGGUGCUGGCCCCUGAGAAGGAGACUUCUGACAUCAUUGAACUUGCCAAGAAAGACCUGGAGAAACUAAAGAAACGAGAAAAAAAGAAAAAGAAAAGACUCCAGCAGCUGUUGGAGGAGAGAGAGAGGGAGGAAAGGGAGGAGGUGGUGGUGGUGGUGGUGGAAGAGGUUGAGGAUGCCAGUGCCACCAAGGAUGAAGUUCCUGACAAUGAUCAAGAAAAGGGCACCGAGAAGGAAAUGACAGAAAGGGUCAAUGAGGAUGCAGAAAUGGAGGUCCAGGAAGGCAGCGACCAUGAGGAAGGAGAAGGAGAAGAGGAAGAAGAGGAGGAUGAAGAAGAGAUGGAUGUGGAAGAGAGCUCAGAAGAUUCUGACUCGGAGUCAGAUGAAAAAGAGAACUUCCAGGCCGAUCUGGCCAACAUCACCUGUGAGAUCGCCAUCAAGCAGAAGCUGAUCGACGAGCUGGAGAACAGCCAGCGGCGUCUGCACACACUCAAACAGCAGUACGAACAGAAGCUGAUGAUGCUGCAGUGCAAGAUCAGGGACACCCAGCUGGAGAGGGACCGUGUCCUCCAUAACAUGACAUCAGUAGAAAGCGGCACAGAGGACAAGGCUCGCAAGAUCAAGGCUGAAUAUGAAAAGAAGCUGAGCGUCAUGAACAAAGAGCUUCAGAAGCUACACUCUGCUCAGAAGGAGCACGCCCGACUCCUGAAGAACCAGUCACAGUACGAGAAACAGCUGAAGAAGCUUCAGCUGGAUGUGGCGGAAAUGAAGAAGACAAAGGUCCGUCUCAUGAAGCAGAUGAAGGAGCAGCAGGAGAGGAACAGGAUGAACGAGUCUCGCAGAAACCGAGAAAUUGCUUCAUUAAAGAAAGACCAGCGCAAGCAAGAGCACCAACUAAAGUUACUGGAGGCUCAGAAAAGGCAACAGGAGCUGAUUCUGAGGAGAAAGACCGAGGAGGUGACGGCUCUGAGGAGGCAAGCCAGGCCCACCUCAGGUAAGGUCAUCAGGAAAGUCAAUCUCCCAGAAACAGUCCAGGACUCCCCCCACAGACCUCCAUCUGGACGCAUGUACUCGUCCGGCAACGCUGCUCCCAACGGCACUCGGUCUUCCUACAGGCGCACAGUGGGUGUUUACUCCACCAGAGUCGCCCGCAAUAAAUGGCAGUCUCUGGAGCGACGGAUCUCUGACGUCAUCAUGCAGAGGAUGACCAUUUCAAACAUGGAGGCCGACAUGAACCGCCUCCUCAAGCAACGAGAGGAGCUGACCAAGCGCAAAGAGAAGGUCAUCAGGAAGAGGGACAGGGUGCUCAGGGAGGGGCCAGAGGCAGAGAAGGCAGUGCUUCCCCUAAACGAGGAAGUGGAUGCUUUGACGGCCAACAUUGACUACAUCAAUGACAGCAUCGCAGACUGUCAGGCCAACAUCAUGCAGAUGGAGGAAACCAAGGAGGAAGGCGACACAGUGGACAUCUCUGCUGUUGUUGGUUCCUGUACCCUGACAGAAGCUCGUUUUCUAUUGGAUCACUUCAUGUCAAUGGCUAUCAACAAGGGUCUCCAGGCAGCACAGAAGGAGUCUCAGGUGAAGGUGAUGGAGGGCAGGCUGAAGCAGACCGAGAUCACCAGCGCCACACAGAACCAGUUGCUCUUUCACAUGCUGAAGGAGAAGGCCGAGUUUAACCCAGAGCUUGACGCGCUGCUGGGGAAUGCACUGCAAGAGCUAGGUAACAUCCCGGCUGAAAAUGGGGAUGAUAGCAGCAGUGAUGAGUCUGCCCAGAGCCCUUCUGCAGAGGGAAACACCUUGGCAUCAGAUCUCAUGAAACUCUGUGGUGACACCAAAACGAGAAAUAAGGCUCGUAGAAGAACCACCACUCAGAUGGAGCUGCUGUACGCAAACAGUGACUCCGCCCCCGACGCACCCACUGCAGACUUCUCCAGUCCGAUGCUGCCCUUAGCUGAAACACCAGAUGGGGGAGGAGACAUGGACUCAUCAGGCUCAUCAGUCAGGGACUACACAGCUCUCUCCCCCGGCUUUUCCUCUAAAAUGGGCAGCAUCAUCCUUACAUCAAAUGGCUAUACCUUCCUCCAACUGAUGAGUCCUUUGAGUUCUGGCUCCAGAACUUCGUCUGGGGUGGAAAAGCGAGCGCCGGAGCCCUCCCCGCUCUCUCGCAGGAAGACCUACGACAAGGCACACGCAGCUGCCGACAGGGCAAAAGUCAAGGAGAUUAAACAGACGGAUGGAUGUCACCACUUGUCCUCCAACCGCAUCCUCCGUUCUGUUUCCCCUCCUCUCGCCGGUCCACCCAAGGGCGUCAUUAACCCGGUGCCAGCUACUAAGAGCAGUCGGCAGGCGACAUUACAGUGUGUCCAUGUGGCAGAGGGCCACAGUAAAGCUGUUCUCUGUGUCGACUGCACUGAUGACCUUCUCUUCACCGGAUCCAAAGACCGGACCUGUAAGGUGUGGAAUCUGGUGACGGGUCAGGAGAUAAUGUCCCUGGCUGGUCACCCGAACAACGUGGUGUCAGUCCGCUACAGCUCCAGUUUGGUUUUCACCGUCUCCACCUCCUCUAUCAAAGUCUGGGACAUCCGGGACUCAGCCAAGUGCAUCCGAACACUAACGUCGUCUGGUCAGGUUAGUGUUGGGGAAGUCUGUGCGUCUAACACCAGCCGAACGGUCACCAUCCCAGCAGGAGAGAAUCAGAUCAACCAGAUCGCUCUCAACCCUAACGGGACGGUCCUGUACGCUGCCGCCGGAAACUCAGUCAGAGUCUGGGAUCUACGAAGAUUUGCAUCCACAGGGAAACUUACUGGUCACCUCGGUCCAGUGAUGUGCCUGACUGUGGAUCGGUCUGGAAACAACCAAGACCUGGUGAUCACUGGGUCCAAGGACCACUACAUCAAGCUGUUUGAUGUGACUGAAGGCUCUCUGGGGAGCAUCAGCCCAACACACAACUUUGAACCUCCCCAUUACGAUGGAAUCGAGUCACUGGUGGUCCAGGGGGACAUUUUCUUCAGCGGCUCUCGAGACAACGGUAUCAAGAAGUGGGACCUGGAUCGCAAAGACCUGCUGCAGCAAGUCCCGAACGCCCACCGUGACUGGGUGUGUGCGCUGGGUGUUGUCCCUGGGUCCCCAGCCCUGCUGAGCGGCUGCAGAGGUGGGGUGCUCAAGCUGUGGCACACAGACACUCUGGGGACUCUGGGGGAGCUGAAGGGUCACGAGAGCCCCAUCAACAGCAUCUCUACCAACAGCAGCCACCUGUUCACCGCCUCAGAUGACCGGACUGUGAAGAUCUGGCGUGCACGUGGUGGACUGGACAGCACCAUAGAGGUGGUUGACAAUGCGGACGAGGUGGCCAGUAACUGAACACAGCGCCACCUGCCGGGUUUGAUUCUGGAAGGAUAUUAACAGCAUCUUUUGAUGCUGCUGCCCUGCACUUUGACUCCUAACUUAUCAAGCCCAAUGCUGACUCCUAAAACGCGUACCUUCUAUGCCAUGUAACCUGUAUGACUGACCCAACAGGACAUUAAACAUUAAACUAGCAUAAUAAUUCUUUUUCUUAGACUCUGUAUGCUCAGAGGGUCGUGGUAAUCAGUUGCCGUUCACCAUAGUGUUAAUGACUCUUUGCAGCAUAAACUCAUCUUUUUGUCUUUUGCGCUGUAGACAAUAUGUCACUGUGGAUCAUGAUAAGAACUUUUAGAAGAGUUGAACCCGACAAACACACUAUCAAUAGCUAUGCUGCUCAGCUCUGUUUAGCGCUGUAGCAGGAUAAAGUACACCUGCAGACACACUGUUACCCCGGAAAAGGGUAGCAGUGUGUUUUGUUAGAUUAGGGAAAAAUAGGGAGUAAGUGUUAGAGGAGAAAAAGGUGACAGAGCUAACGGGUUGGUAGCUGGUCUUCGCAACCCAGUUCUCUGGUUUCUUGGGAUUGUUGCACUCGAAGCAGAACCAAUGUCCCUGUGCUCCCUUUCUCCACCAUAUAACACAAGUGGCUUUACUGUAUGUGAAAAAGACAAAUCACCGUUCCCCUUAACUUUCCUCUCCUGCUUUUGUGCUGCUCAAUUUCUGCAGCUGUUUAAGAUCAGCGACCAAAAUUGUGAAAACUUGUCGUCUUUGCUGUCCUGCACUGCACUCGUGAACAGAACACACUGAACAUUAACAGUCCCACUUAAAGCAAAGAUUUGACAUUUUGGGAAAUACACCUAUUUGCUUAAUUGAUGUGAGUUUGACGAUACACAUCAGACUGUUAAAUAUAAGGCUGCAAUCAGCAGCUGGUUAGCUUAGCUAAGCAUAGAGUGUGGAAACGUGGAAACGGCUAGCUUGGUUCUUCCAACACAUUUGACCAACAGCACCUCUAGAGCUCACUAAUGAUUGUUUGAUCUGUGCAGAUGACAAAUGACAAUUUCUGGAUUAAACAAACAAGAUAAGGAGGUGCUGCUAGGCAGAUUUUGUUACCUUCAGCCAGAAACAGGCUAGUUGUUUCCCAUUUGCUUCCAGUCUUUAAGCUAAGCUAAGCUGACUGACUGCUGGCAGAAAGCAAAUAAGCGUAAUUCCCAAAAUGUCAAACUAUUCCUUUAACUCUUGCGCACUUGUGAAAACCGACAUAAUUAGUCUUUGAGAUACAAUUAAUCCUUCUUAAAUGUGAGCAGGUUCAAUGUUUGAGGAUAUUCUACACUUGUUGUCUAUGUUAUUUCAUCCUAUGUAAAAACGUAUGCUCACUCUUCACAUGUUGCAGUUAGCACUCACUGAACCUACACUACUGACUUGUCGUCUAACACCCAUGCUGCGCUCACCUUCUUCAACCCUAUGAGAGGGCUUCUUUUCAUGGACUCCGGGUGAAGUCCGCUCAGUACCGAGCAAUGUGUAUAUAUAUGUAAUAGUAUCUUUUUGUUUUUGGAGAGGAGAGGCCUUCAGACUCUGCCAGUGUUGUAAGCCCAGCCAUGUUGACCGAUGUCUGUCUCCCAGUUCAGAUCCUUGUGGGGACUUCCUGGAGACACUUGUGGUCUCCCUGAUGUAACUGAUCUGUUUAUUGCGAUUGUGUGCUGUCACUUAUGAAUGUUCAGUGAAACAGCAGUUGUAGGCAUUAUUGGGGUACAUAUCUAGUGUAUGUAAACAAUGUAUUUUUAAAAAAAAAAAUCUGACUGAAUGUUAGUUUUGUGGGACCACCGAUCUGAACGCAGUCUCACACGAGAACCGAGAGGUGCUUUAAAAAAGUGGACGGACCUUUUCCUCCAGUGAGGUGGCAGAUUAUGUUUAGUGGCCUACGGUUAGUUAUGUCCCCCACCCUCUCUGUUUUGUUUGUUAUGCUGUCCCUGUUCCACAUAUCCUGGGAAUUUCCCCUCUGGAGUUUUAGUAGCCAUUCUCAAUUGACAGACUCUGUAGCGAUUCUAAUGUCAGAUGCCUGGUGAGAAUAAAUGUCAUCUGUCAAAAACAA